AUGCAGAGUGAAUUUGCUCCUCUCGUCAACGACGACGAUGACGUUCUGCAAGGAGCAGCUGUCCCGACGCCAGCCGAAAAUGUCAAGGCAAAAAUACCUCGAUCCACGAUGCCAACAUGGCUUCAUGACGAGUAUGUGGAUGCCCGCACUCGCCUCCAGUCUGAGAUUGCGAAGACUGGGAGGCCAGCAUGUUAUGAACAUGGACAAUUCACUAUGACUGCACCCCCACUCGUGUUCUCUCGUGUUGUACCUUACAAAAUAGAGCCUAUUGACUUCUACCGACCUCAUUUUUUUGUGUGGCUGCCUCACCUCCUUCAGCGCAUCCCUUGCCCUGAGUGCAAGGACGCGAAACGGCACACAAAGCAGGGGCAACCAGUCAUGCUCCGAGUUCUUGGUUGGCCAAAGCAGCCACGACGUGUUGUCGACAUGGAGCACCUGGUGUUCAUCAUAGGUCACCGCUAUCGUUGUGUACACGACGAAUGCAAGAAAACGUUCCAGAGCUGGUCACCGGCCAUCAUGCGAGUGCUUCCUCCGCCACUCGUUGCCUUAUUUCCCUUUCACCUGACAUAUCGCUGUGGCCUCGCGGAACGCCUCAUUGGUGUUCUGCGCACAUCGUUUCAGGGGGGAAUUGGACCCUCGCCGUUUUCAAAGUACAUACGAACCAUGCACAUCCGUCACUACGAACAGCUGCAUGUUGCAUACCUCGAAACUGUGCGACAACGCAUGCAAGCCAGUGCCUCUGGAUUGCUGCCAUCGAGCCGUCCUUUUCCGCGGUGGAAUGAUCCCAGUGGCUAUGCUGGUUAUGUCCCCUCGCACCGAUAUUUUCGUGCCUUCUAUGACUCGCUGAUUGAGUUGCACGCUGCCGAGAUGGACCAGCACAUGGCAAUGCAGUCAGCUGAGGGCCUCAGCCAUGAUCACAGUUUCAAGGUCACAGGAAUACUCGGAAAGGUUAAUGGUGUGGCAACAUUUGGAGCCCUCCAUACUGCAUGCAAUAACUAUGGCGAGUGUCGGAAGAUGACUCUGACACCAACGAAGGGCCACAAUGAUUGUAUGCCAGCACUCGCAGAGAUUCCGGUCACACUAGCCAAGUACGGUCACACUCCUGUCAAAGUUGUCUUCACGGACAAUGUCCGUGGAGAUAAAUCUGCCCUUGAGCGAGCUUUCCCCAGUCUGCUCCAUGAUGUAUCUCCUGUUCCGAGCUCGGCACUUGAUGACUUGGCACUACCUGAUGGCUGGCAUGUGUGCCGUCUCAGUUCCACGUAUCAAAUCAAUAGCAGACACAUACUUCAGUCAUAA